GCCAUCAGAAGUUAUCUGGAACCAGCCCCUGUCUGUGGUGCUAUUUCUUUCUUGUCAGUUCCCCUUUCUGCAUUUGAGUUCUAGCCUCAGCCCUGACAUUAUUUCUUUCUCUACAAGGAGUGUUAGGAGGUUUGGGGGAGCUCACAAAGGCUCCUUUUCAUUUGUUCCAAAUACCUUGCUUCUGUGUUCCUCGGGAAUGCCACUGGGCUUAUGCAUCUGGUCUCUGGGAGCUGCAGUAGAUGGGCAUUUGUGACAGCACUAUGGGACUGAGUAACACUCUCCUUGUGAUGGCCCUCCUGCUCUAUGGUGCUGCUUCUGUGAAGAGUCAAGCAUAUUUCAACAAGACUGGAGAACUGCCAUGCCUCUUUAUAAACUCUGAAAACAUAAGCGUGGAUGAGUUGGUAGUAUUUUGGCAGGACCAGGAUAAGCUGGUUCUGUAUGAGCUAUUCAGAGGGAAAGAGAACCCUCAAAAUGUUCAUCCCAAGUAUAAAGGCCGCACAACGUUUGACAAGGACAAUUGGACGCUGAAACUCCACAACAUUCAGAUCAAGGACAAGGGCUCAUAUCAAUGUUUCAUUCAUCGUAAAGGGCCCAAAGGACUGGUUCCCUUGUAUCACAUGAGUUCUGACCUAUCAGUGCUUGCUAACUUCAGUCAACCUGAAAUAAUGGUAACUUCUAAUAGAACCGAAAAUUCUGGCAUCAUAAAUUUGACCUGCUCAUCUGUAGAAGGUUACCCAGCACCUAAGGAAAUGUAUUUUAAGCUAAAAACCGAGAAUUCGACUACUAAGUAUGAUACUGCCAUGAAAAAAUCUCAAAACAAUGUCACAGAACUCUACAACGUUUCUAUCAGCUUGUCUUUUUCAGUCCCUGGAGCAAGCAAUGUGAGCAUCACCUGUGUCCUGAAACUUGAGACGAUGGAGCUUCACUCCCUACCUUACAAUAUAGAUGCACAUACGAAACCCCCCCCUGCCCGAGACCCCAUCCUCUGGAUUGCCGCUCUACUUGUAAUGUUGGUCAUUUUGUGUGGGAUGGUGUUGGUGUUCUUUCUAACACUAAGGAAAAGGAAGAAGAAGCAGCCUGGCCCCUCUCACGAAUGUGGAACCAACAAAGUGGGGAGAAAAGAGAGCGAACAGACCAAGGAAAGAGUACAAUACCAUGUACCUGAAAGAUCUGAUGAGGCCCAGUGUGUUAACAUUUCGAAGACAACCUCAGGCGACCAAAGUACUACACAUUUUUAAUUAAAGUCUGACCAUCCGUUGUUUAUAUGCGUUCAGUUUCAAAUUUUGGCUUGCCUUUUUUCUUGUCCAUUACUAUUAUUAUUACCAUUAAAAAUAGCUGGGGAUCCAGGACUUUCUCUAAGGGAGAGAGCCUCCCUAUAAUGCCAGUUCUGCUCCCUAUGCCAGGAGCAGAUUUUAACUGCUUCUUUUCAUUUCAGAGCACACUUGUGGCCCAACCUCACCUGACUGGCUCCUGGCUCAGGACAAAUGUUUAAGACUAACACCUCUUGUUUCAGAUUCAGCCUUCUUUUCUUAAUUUUAUAAAUUGUGUUUUAUGUAGAACUCUCAAUUACUAGAAUAAUGGCUUUUAUCUGUGCUUAGUUCUAAAACAGCACCUCAUUCCAUCUUGUAUAGAGUGACUACCUCUUCAGUCUGGGUGGGAGUUAUGUAUGUUAUGGCUUUACAGUGUUGCUAGUAAUAUUUUGAAACAUAAAGAGAUGUGUACCUUAAUCAUGUGUACUUUAAUUACUGUGCCUUGAGAAAAAUCUACCCAGUGCUCUGUGAGGAUCAGUAGGAAAACGGUGUUUUAGUAGGAUGAUAACACUGAGCAGACCAAUUCAAAAUUUGGAAAAUUAGGAACGAUGGGGAUAGAACCCACUCUGAAUCCUGGAGCCACUUCUAUCUGGGCUGCUGCUAAUCUGAGGAGGAUCCAGCUGCCCAGCAAGCUACUGGUAAGUCUUAGCAGAGAGCUAAAGCAGGAAAACACCAUGCACUGUGAACCCUACUUCUCCUCUUGAAAGAAAUGACUGAGAUGAUGGCCCAGGGCAAGUGUUCAAGAGCCAAUUGAUAGAUCACAAUACUCAAAAGAGAGAAA